AUGGGCGACAAGCAAGCCACCUGCUCGCUGUGCCACCGGUCCUACGGCGCUGGCUUCGAGUCGACCUCGGGCAACGACAUCUGGCGGGCCCGCCGCAUGCUCCGGCGGCGCGGCCUCGUCGACGACGAGACCGACCUCGACGACAACGACCAUGGCAACGGCCCGCUGAUCGGUAGCUCCAACGACGGCGUCGCCCGCGUCUGCGUCUUUUGCGCCCAAUUUGUGACAACCGCCGUCACGCGCGACUGCAGGCGCCUCGACGAGACGCGGUGUGCGCUGCAGCGACCGUCGACGACGAAUCGUCGCGCGAUGAGUCUCGUCGUACGUCAUGACGCAAGCGCCAGCAUCGACAACUCGAUCGAGACGCUGCGGUCGCUGCCCAACGACCUCAACCGCAUUCUCCACAUUCGUCCGUCAACGUCGGCGAGUCCGCGCGCGACGCUCUGCAACCUCAAGCACCAGCAGCAGCGCGAGGCGCACGCCAUCGCACAAGAUCUGCAUCCGCGAAGAGCGCGUGGCCGUCAACCAGUGUCUGUCGGCGCCCCGACCUCCGCGACCCAGUUUGAUCGGCGUCGGCUGCUGGGGCCGACGCCGGUCGUACCACCGGGUGUCAAGACGAGGCCGUACGUGACGACAACGUCGCCUGUCCACCACUUCAAAGCCGGCACGCUUGUGACGACAACCAGCGGACGGUUUGCGCGGCUGGAGGUGCGCUGGCCGGCGCUGUAG